AUCGCUAUGGGGUCGCAUCUGUCAAUUUUUCAAGUCUAGUUUCUUGUUUAGUGCCGCUCGGUUAUUAGUUUUAGUUUACGUUUAGGAUUAACAUUUAGUUUUAUUAAACACCAGAUAUGUAUUUAUUAAAAUAAAUAAACAAAGCAAUAAUUAAUGUGUAAAUAAGUGGAAUCGGUAAAACAAGUGAAUAAGCUGCAUACAACUUGAUUUCCUUGGUUAACUUUGUGUAGUUACAUAUAAUAUAUGUGGUUAUUAGUUAACAAACAAAAACAAUUCGUUAGUGAUAAAAAACUUGUGAUAAAUAUUAAAAAUGUGCUAUUUUAUAACCUAUAACCCUCAUUAACCAAAAUUUAAGACUUUUUUUAAUUUUAUUCCAAAAUCACGAUUAAUUUCUAAACUCUAGUUUUCCAAUUUAAUUUUUACCUUCGUGUACCUAUUAUACAUAUAAUUGUAUUUCUUAAAUAAAAAAAAAUGAAAUCUUUUGAUUGUGAGUCCUCUUCAGAAGGCGAUGAAUCGACAAUGCAUGCCAUCUCACGAGGGGCGGUGGAACCGCCACAGUGGCUGAGGAGCGGCGGUCCAAAUUGGGGUUGGCAAGCUGCAGUAAGUAAAACUCAUGGCAGUUCAGCUUCAGCAUCGGGUUCUGUCCAUCCUGCCACUGCUGCUUUAGAUCAAGUAGGUUUUCCACAAUUUCCGUCAAACGCCGAAGAAAACCAAACGCCAGGAAGACGGACCCCUUUAAGUGCAGUCGGCCUUGGCGGGUUCUACUUUCAAGGAAGCCAACCUAACCCAAAUAUUGUCAGCCAUGGACCUCCCUCUGAUGAAAAUAACCCCGAUCCUGGAUGUUCUAGUCAAAGCAACAGGUCCCAAGAAUCUCGAUUACAAAAUCCCCAGAAUCCGUCUUCGUCUAAAGGAAAAAAUAGACAAGGAAAAACCGUCCGUUUAAAUAUUAAUGCUAGAGAAAGGCGACGAAUGCAUGAUCUGAAUGAUGCUUUGGAUGAAUUAAGAUCCGUCAUUCCAUACGCUCACUCACCUUCAGUAAGGAAACUAUCAAAAAUAGCAACACUACUUUUAGCCAAAAAUUACAUUCUGAUGCAGGCGAACGCUUUGGAGGAAAUGAAAAGGAUCAUAGGCUACCUCCAGGGAACUGCGGGAGCAGUAGGUGCUGCAAUAGUAGCCCCUCCUGGUUUCGAUCUGCAAGGAUUUCCUGCAGCAGCUAAAUUUUUGCAACAACAAUCUUUGCUGCCGCCUGAUAAUUCGAGGCGAGGAGAUGGUGCUGGAGGGGGUGGAACAUCAGCAUAGGUCAAUAAGAUUAUGAAAAAUAUCCGAGGUGUUUAAAAAGUAAUUCUUUGUGUGGAAAUGUUUUCAGUAAAAUAGCACAGUUUAUAGUAGAGUUUUAAAAAAUAAUCUCAAAUUAUGUGCGGUCAUUAAAUUACCAUACGGAAUAAAAAGUAAUACAUAAUGGUAUCCUGUUAUUAAGAAUAUUCUCGUUAAAUAAUCACACAUUUUAUUAUCAAACAAUCGAUUAUAUACAAGUAAUUAUGAACUAAAGACAAUCUAUUAUUUUCCAUUAAAUUGGUUUGAUUACUCAUAUAGUCAAUCGCGCACUGUUCUUUGUUUUCGCACACCACAAGAGAUAAAAUGGCUCAAGUCUCUUCAAGUCUUCAAUCCGGUAACGUAUCUGAUUAUCCAUUAAUUGCGAUGGCCUAGUGAUGCCUAAGUGCCGUGAGUUAGCCCAUCCUCCACACGUUACAUAUACAGAUCCAUCAGCUGUUUCUACAUUGAUAUGUAGAUAACAUCUGGCUUCAUUCUUGCAAGCAAAUCUCUUGAUCUCUUUUUUUAACCGUUGGAAUUUCAAAAUUUCGAUGAAGAUUUGUAUUGCGAACAUACUAAAGAGUGUUUACUACGUUAAGCAAUACUUUAUUCUAAAGUUAGAGUUAGAGUUAAAAUUAGAGCAGUAUCAUCAGCAAUGGUAGCUACAGUCAUCACUGGUGUAUAGUAAGUAAAGAAAGAGCUAACAAUUCUUCUUUGAACUAAAUCAGCUCUUACAUCUUUUAAAUUAAAAUAUUCGUCUUCCUGCUUAUUACUGAACAUCUACAAUUUUUCCUGGAUGAAUAGAAUCGUUUGUGAGCAUAUUGAAAUUAAUAAUUUCUAUAAUGUUUUACUAGCCUGAAUUACAAGGACCAAAACGUUUUCUACGAAAUAAUACGAAUCACUUGUCGCACCGAACUUCAUUUAUAUUAUUUACUAACGAUUAACAGAUAUAUCAAUAAUUUUAUUACAAUAAAAUUAAUAAAUAACAUGAUUAUUUUAAUAAAAAAACUAUACACAGCACUUUUUGACCGCAUUCUAUUUAAACAAGAGAUCCAAAAUAUAUGUGGGAAUAAUGUAUAUUCUUGAUUUGGUUGAGAUGUUUUCAAAAUACAAUGUUUAAGAAUAUUUAAUGAAAAUAUUUUUUAUCACAGAAAAAUAUCCAAGAUAUAUUAUGUUUUUAAGUUAUUGUAAGCAUUUAAAGAUGGCUCUCAAAAUUAACUUAUGAGUAAAUAGUCAACAUUUCUGACAUUACUAUCUUCUUACUAGAUUGAUUUUAAUGUUAAUAAAAUUUACGAUUUAUUUUUAAAUAUAGACGAAUAUUUUGUGAAAUGCCAUUAUUUAUAGAUUCUUCAAAACAAUCACUCAUUUUUAAUUAUAUAGAGUGUUUUCUCAUGAUUCAUUCGAAAUAAAGAUCUGAGGCUUAUAUAUGAACGGGAGAAAAAUAGGGAGAGGCUCCCGUAAAUUGGUUGACACUCUACCGUUAUUGGACGCAUGGUCCCACCUUUACCACUAGUAACCAGGCGCGGACUGUUCUACAUCUGUCUAAAAAUGACUAAAAGCGAAUAAAAACGAAUAAAAUGAUUAAAAACGAUUAAAAACGAUUAAAAACG